UUUAUUGGACCUCAUGUCACUUUGGGUGGAGCUAAACACAGAAAAAUAUUUAAUGUUGAAGACCAGAGAAAAGAGGUACUGGUGACAAUGGCUCUUCAAGGGUUUGCAUGGGGGAUCACUGUGAUGAUCGCACUCUUCUUCAAAGGAGGUGACUCACAACCCGCCUGUGCCAGCCCUCCCAUCAACAGCAGGAUCAUCGGAGGGCAAGAUGCAUCUCCAGGAAGUUGGCCCUGGCAUGUUGCUUUUACCUUUGACAACAUCCUCUUCUGUCAGGGAUCUCUGAUCACCGACGAGUGGGUGCUGACAGCUGCUCAAUGCCAAACCACUCCCUCUAUUGUAGUUUUGCACUUUGGAAUUGGUGAAGUGACUCGGGGAAUUGACAGCUUUCACUGCCACCCAAACCACACCUACUAUGGUGGAAACGACAUCUGCCUUGUGAAGCUGUCUGCUCCAGUCAACUUCACUGACUACAUCCGACCAGUGUGUUUGGCUGCAGAAAACAGCACUUUCUACGAUGGAACCAGCAGCUGGGUCACUGGUUUCAGUGACUACACAAUAUCCUACCCUUUACAGGAAAGCGAUGCAUCAGUAGUUGGGAACAGAAAAUGCCACUGCAGCUACAACAACUACUACGAAUACAACUACGACUACAACUACAUCUACAACAACUUUCCAAUAACAGAGGACCGGAUGUGUGCUGAAAGUGAAAAUGGUUCAAAGACAGAAUCUUCUAGAGAUGAAGGCGCAGCUCUAGUAACCAAGAAAGACUCCAUCUGGGUCCAGAGUGGGAUUGUGAGUCUUACCUGGCCGAAUCUACCUACUAUCUAUACUCGUGUGUCCCAGUACCAGAAAUGGAUCACCGACACAGUCACUGGCAUGGACCCAGGUUUUGUUACCUACACCUCCCCAGGCAUUGACAGCGACUUGAACUACAACUGUCCUCCACCACCAACUACCACCCAGCGCCCCGACUUUACCACCCAGCGCCCCGACUUUACCAGUCAGCGCCCCGACUUUACCAGUCAGCGCCCCGACUUUACCAGUCAGCGCCCCGACUUUACCACCCAGCGCCCCGACUUUACCACCCAGCACUCUACCACUGACGACAGCAUAUUUGGCAGUGGUGAAACUCUGAUUCCCGUCGCUCGAGUCUUCCCUCUCUCUGCUCUUGUUCUGUUUGUCCAUCUGUUUGUUGGUGGUGCUGGAAACUAAAUCAUAGCUUUGACUCAUUCUGCAUUCUAGUUCAUAACCAACACCAACUCUCUAUUCAUUAGAAUCAAAAUGUUGAUAUUUUUACUCUGAUUUAGUUUUAUUUCACAAAUUAAGAUUUCUACAAAGCAAAUGAAGGAUGUAAUAAGUUUAUCUGGUAAUUAGUUUAACAAACCUCUCAUAAAAUUCAAAUCGUUUAUUUUUUUUUUCUGUCCUUUACAUUGUGUUGACUGUAUUUUCUUAACUGUAAAUGCCAAUUAAAUCUCGAGUGUUUAACAGACAACAGGUUUGGGAUUUUUAGCAGAUAAUCACACUGUUAUUUUAUUAAAUAUGAAACAAACAAACUGUGAUUAGUAAUAAACUGUGAUUAAAAUCAUUCAAAACUA